AUGGUGCCGCGUGAUGAGAAAUAUCUGGAAACGCUCGGUUCACCAUUUGUUUCCUUUUAUGAUCUGCUGAUGAUAAACACCCAUUACAAUUGUCUUGAUAAGUGUAAGUUUAAGCCAUCAGCUGCAAAAUGUGAGAACGGCGGAUUUCCAAAUCCUAGAAAGUGCAAGAGAUGCAUUUGUCCGAGCGGUUACGGUGGGAGACUAUGCAACAAACGACCACGUGGAUGUGGAAAAACUUUGUAUGCCGACUAUUCGUAUAACAUCUUUGAAGAUGCCGUCGGUACAGGCCCAGACACCGGAGAGAGCGAAGACUUCCGUGUUUGCCAUUACUGGAUACAGGCACCAGAAGGAAAAAGGAUCGAAGUGACACUCAUGAGCUUUUCGGAGGGUUACAGAAGCCCUGGAUGCAGAUAUGCAGGAGUGGAAAUCAAGACAAAUAGGGACCAACGUAUGACGGGCUAUAGAUUCUGCUCCCACGAAGACGCAGGAACGGUUUUGGUGUCGGAGUCCAAUAUCGUUCCAGUUAUAACCUAUAACAGAGCUGACCAAUCAAAGACUGUUCUCCGCUAUCGCAUGGGUACCACAUUUGUGGCAGUUUCUAUGACAUGA